ACUUCGUCCAAAUCAAACCAGAAAUCAACAAACGAAAAAGAAAUACAUCCAGUACAAUGGGUUCGGGCUGUUGCGGACCGCCGCCAGCUCCAGCCACCGAGCCACCUGCUGCCCCCAAUGCCGCCCAAAGCGACGCAACGAGCAGCUGCCAGGACGAAUGCUGUGAUGCCGGCGACAGCAACGACGGCGACGCCGCGCCUGUUGAGGCCAGCGAGCCAGGCCAGGCAUCGGCGACUUUGGACAACAACAACUGCUGCUCCUCUGGCCAGUGCGCGGACAGCAACUCUGAAGACGAUAGCGACGCGCCUGCUUGCUGCCGUGGCACGACUGCCCCAUGUUGCGACACGUCUUGCCUUGACCGUCUGGCCUUGCGGGAAUGCAGCAUGAGCGAACAUCUUCUACCCAAGGAGGGCGCCGAGUCCACAGAUUUUGACGGAGCGCCCGAAGGCAAGGCCUGCAACCGCCAUAUCACCUCGGCACUCGACCGCUAUGGCGCCACACUCGAGGCCCUGGGCUGCCUCUGUCGUUCCCUCAUCGCUCUCGGCCAGGAGACGUGCUGUGAGAUCCGCGAGCGUCACUCGCUGAGCAGCGCGACUUCUUCCCCCAGCAUUGACCAACCAACCGCUCGCCGCUCCCUUCCUCGCGCCCAGCUCGAUUCUUGCUGCAGCACCGGUCCCACCACGCCGAGCCAGGCUGCGCAGAACCGCCUGCGCCUGCGUAAGACGUGCGGCCAGAGCAUCUCGUCUGCCACCAAGCCAUCCGCGGGUGCCUGCGCGGGUUCCUGUUGCUCCAACGACAAGCCCGCCAAGGUUCCAUCCGUCAAGAAUGACAGCUGUCAGGUUUCUUGCGCCGAUGCCUGCUGCUCCUCUCCUCCUGCUGAUGCGCCUGUUGUCGGAAAGGUCCCGGUCCAGACUAUCAACGACGUGGAAAAUCAGGGCGCCGGCAAGGAGCAUGUCGUCCUCAGCGUGUCCGGCAUGACCUGCACCGGCUGCGAGACAAAGCUCAACCGGACCCUCGCCACGGUCCCCGCCGUGCGCGACCUGAAGACGAGCCUGGUUCUCUCGCGGGCCGAGUUCGACAUUGAUCUUCGUCUCGGCUCCGUGGACGAGGUCGUGAAGCAUCUGGAGCGCACGACGGAAUUCAAGUGCGAGAGGAUUCGGAGCCAGGGCGCGAGCCUGGACAUCAUUGUUCCCAGCGAGCCCGCGCAGUUUAUGAGUCAGGCGUGGCCGGAGGGUGUCAUCGAUAUGGCGCUUGUGUGCAAGCAAAUCGUACGCGUUGCGUUCGACGCGAGGACUGUGGGCGCCCGAGACCUCGUCGAGAAGAUCUGGGGUCCGCCAGUUGAACUUGCUCCCCCUCGUGGCGACACGGCGCUCGAGGCGGGGAGCAAGCAUGUCCGUCACGUUGGAUAUAUGACGCUCCUCUCUGCCAUCUUGACAAUUCCUGUCCUCGUGAUGGCCUGGGCUCCUCUUCCCGACAGCCGGGAACUGGCCUAUUCCUCCGCCUCUCUCGCGUUGGCAACUAUUGUCCAAGUGGUCAUCGCAGGUCCAUUCUACCCCAAGGCACUGAAGGCGCUCGUCUUCUCCCGAGUUAUUGAGAUGGAUCUCUUGAUUGUCCUGAGUACCAGCGCUGCCUACAUCUUCUCCGUCAUCUCCUUUGGAUACUUCGUCGCGGGAAACCCGCUUUCGACGGGCCAAUUCUUCGAGACGAGCACCCUCUUGGUCACCCUAAUUAUGGUCGGCCGAUGGGUUGCGGCGCUCGCUCGUCAGAAGGCGGUCGAGUCUAUAUCUAUACGCUCACUCCAGGCAUCGACAGCCGUCCUUUGUGACAAGGAAAGUGGAGGAGAGCGCGAGAUCGACGCCCGACUCCUUCAAUAUGGAGACACAUUCAAGGUCCUCCCGGACACCAGGGUCCCGACCGAUGGCACCGUUCUCACCGGGUCUUCCGAGGUCGACGAAUCUAUGCUCACGGGCGAGUCUAGACCUGUGGAGAAGUAUCCUAAAUCGGUGGUCAUUGCUGGAUCGAUCAACGGACCGGGCGUCAUGACCGUGCGGCUGACCCGUCUCCCCGGCGACAACACCAUCCACGCCAUUGCCGCCAUGGUAGACGAGGCCAAGCUCUCCAAGCCGAAGCUGCAGGAUCUGGCAGAUCAGGUAGCGUCCUACUUUGUUCCCGUGGUCGUGGCAUUGACGAUUAUCACGUUUGUCAUCUGGAUCGCCGUAGGCGUGGCCGUCCGUGGCUAUGGCGCAGCAAAAGCGACCGUCGAGGCCAUCACCUACGCCAUCACCGUCCUCAUCGUCUCGUGCCCGUGCGCAAUUGGACUGGCUGUCCCGAUGGUUGUUGUGAUCGCCAGCGGCGUCGCGGCGGAACGGGGCAUCAUCUUCAAGUCUGCGACAGCCAUCGAAGUCGCCCACAAGACGUCACAUGUCGUGUUUGAUAAGACGGGGACUUUGACCAGAGGCAAGCUCGCCGUCGUUGGUAACGAGUGUAUUGAUAACGAAGCACUUCCUCUUCUUCUUGGUCUGGUGGAGAAUAGUCGACACCCGGUUUCGGUUGGUGUAGCUGCCCACCUCAGGGACACUGGAGUCACGAGCGUCACCGUUCCUGAGCCUAAGAGUCUGACGGGCAAGGGUAUCGAAACCACACUCGGCGGUCGGAAGCUCCAAGCUGGUAACUCCCGGUGGCUGGGCCAGUCGGACAACGAGCUCGUCCAGCUAUUACUUACCCAAGGUUGCACUGUGCUUUGCUUUGCGAUUGAUAAUGAGCUCAAGGCGGUCUACGGACUUGAGGACGAGCUUCGGCCUGACGCCGCGAAAACGGUUGAGACCCUGCAGGAGCGUGGCGUCUCGGUCCAUGUAGUAUCGGGCGACGACGACGGAGCCGUCCGGGCCUUGGCGUCCAAGCUGCGCAUUCCCUCUGACAACGUCCGCUCUCGAAGCUCACCCGCCGACAAGAAAGAUUACGUCCAGACUCUCCUCGGUGCUGCCACCGGUCACAAGCAGCCCGUUGUCGUCUUCUGCGGCGACGGCACGAAUGACGCCGUCGCUCUCGCGCAGGCUACCAUUGGCGUCCACAUGAACGAGGGCACGGACGUGGCGCAAUCCGCCGCGGAUGUCGUCCUCAUGCGUCCCACCCUGGGUGGUAUCCUGACCAUGAUCAACGCGAGCCGCAAGUCCGUUCACCGCAUCUGGUUCAACUUUGGAUGGAGCUUUGUCUACAACACGUUUGCGGUUCUCCUCGCUGCCGGCGCCUUUGUCAACGCGCGGAUUCCUCCGGAGUUCGCCGGGCUGGGAGAGUUGGUGAGUGUGUUGCCGGUUAUUGCUGCCGCGGUGCUCCUGCGCUGGUCCAAGAUCUAGACGCGGAAGUUAACCGCAUGGCACGAGCGACGACGGUCAUGGUUUUGCAAAUAUUCUUUCCGCGGGGCACGACUGUGCUGCAGUUCUGUCGCCGUCAAUGUUUCGUCGCUUGCCUCCAUUUCAGAGAAGGCUCCGACUGGAAGUCUCUACACUAUCCGUACCUUUCUUCACGUAUCCUAUCCUUCAGGAUCUAUCUUCAAACAUCCACGACUCUUCGGUAAAUUGGAGUGUCCAGGAUGUUCUGUAAGACCUCACAGUUGCCAAUCUUAGCUCUCCUCUUAUCGUUCACGAGGCUUUAUACAGCUAUUGACAGCUGCCUUUCAUGAUUAGCUUAGAACACUGGCAAUUUUUGCCAAGGUCUAGACAUAGUAUUACACUCGUUUAAAGGAAACGCUUUU